GUUAGAAGAGAGGUCUAAGAAACUUUUGUCCCUCCCCUCUCUAAAGAGUUUGAGGCAUCCCCUCAGCGCUUCAGACCAGGCGCAGCGGAAUGACAAAGUCAGACUACCAGCCUCUGUUUUUUGGGGGACUUUCUCCACUCCAUUGAAGAAACUGUUGACUAUUACCUGUAGGUUCUGCAAAGUGGAGGCAAUUAAUGCAAGAAAACUAAACACUGAUGCUACAGUCCCUUGAAAGACAAAAACAGAUUGUGGAAAUCUUUACUGAUUUUUUUAUCAAUAAGGUUUACCUCACUUUUGGAGCUGAAAGCAAAAUGGCUAAAUACAAACUGAGGAAAUCAAUCCUUUUUAUGACUGUACUUGUGCUAUGUAUCAGUGGUGCCCUGUGCCAGAAGGACUGUACUGGUGUGGAUUGCCCAUUACUGGAACAUUGCAUUGAAGAAGUUUUGGAAAGAGGUGCUUGCUGUGCGUCCUGUUUGCAGAAAGGCUGCACGUGUGAGGGUUAUCAGUAUUAUGAUUGCAUAAAUGCCGGCUUCAGGAAUGGUAAAGUUCCCGAAGGAGAAUCCUACUUUGUUGAUUUUGGAAGCACCGAAUGCUCUUGUCCAAAAGGAGGUGGAAAAAUAAGUUGUCAUUUUAUUCCUUGUCCUGAGGUUCCUCCACAUUGUAUUGAGUUUUCUGAACCAUCAGAUGGAUGCUUGCAGUGUGAGAGAUUUGGCUGUGUACAUGAUGGCCAUAAGUAUGAUGCUGGUCACACUUUCCAAAUGGACCCAUGUAAAGUCUGCCACUGUCCACAUGCUGGAGGAGAGCUCAUGUGUUAUCCUGUCCCAGACUGUGAUUUAGGAACCUUUCAGACACCACCUCUGUUUCCCACAGCCCAUGAAGAAAACACGUCAGAAAAAAAUAACGAUGAACUUUCAAACUACGAACGGGCAGGGUCUGAAGAUCGGUUGUCCCAAAUAUCUCACCUGCCCCAAAGUGAAAAACUUCCGCUUUUCAAGACAGACAUCAAAGAUGAAGACGAGGAUUAUGACUAUACACCUACCGAUUCUGCAAAAUCAAGCCUAUUUGAUCUGGCUGUACCCACAAAGUCUGCAGUUACUUUGGUGUCCUACUCUGAUAAACCUACUGCUCAUGAAAUGUUUAACGAGGAUUUGAAACAAGAACUAAGGCAAAAAAUCAGAACUCAGGAAGAAGAAACUAAAAAUGAAGAGAUUACAGAAGAUCCUCUUGUAGGUCCUACAUCUCAGGUCUUCCAGGAUGUGAGAAAGAGCAUGGAAGGAAUUUCUGGGAAAGGAGCUGAAGACUAUGUUACACCUCACAUGGCUGAAGAAGAACAUGAAGAAGAUGAACAGGUUGUGACGUUAAAAGACGUUACGGAAGGCGGGACUGACAGAAAGGAGGUGACGUAUGUUAUUGAUCAUGAACUGCAGACUACAGAAACUGUUCCUGCAGUAGAAAGCAACAGCCACUCCAGCACAACUGAAGAGAACUUUCUGGUGCAGGAAGACCCUCUUGGGAAACAUGGGCAGGCUGUGUUACCUACCAUUAAAUUUAGUCCAACAACCCAGCCUCCUCAAAUUAUGAAAGCGGUUGAAGCCCUGAUUUCUAAAAAGCAAUCUCAAACACUUUACAACUACCAACCUGAGCGAGAGAGGAGAAACAAUUCUGUUGAUUCACAUCCAGCAUCGCAGGGAGUUUCAGGACAUCUCCUUGUUGCAUCAUGCUGUGAGGCUGGACAAAAGUGGGCCUCUGACAAUGGACAUUGUACUGGCAUGCCACAGAGAGAGGUGAACACCUGUAGAAUCGCUGAGCAGCAGUGCUGCUUGGGACACUUGAGAGACAGCAAAUGCUUGGCAGGUAUGACUGCAGCCAAAGAAGGGAAAAUGUGUGAAUUGGGUGAACGUGACAUCUGCGGAGCCGACUCUUACAUGGAGUGCUGUAGCUGCUGUUCUCUGGGCUUGCAAUUUCGCAGUGAAGGACACAACUGUGAUUCUCACCAGCAUCUAGUUUACCCCUGUAGCCAUAUGUUUCUAACCUGCUGCGAGGGAGAAGAUGGCCUCAGCCAGCCCACUCUGAGAGAAAGGCAAAAACCUGAACCAACAUCUCUGCCAAAGAGAGUUUCAGAUGGUACAUAUGACAAAGAAGCUUUUUCCAUUACGGAUGAGGAGGGCAAUGAAAAUACAGUGGAGAAAGGAGAAGACAUAGAUGAGUGCUUGGAGUAUGAAGGACAACUCUGUCACCAAAGGUGUAUCAAUACUCGGACUUCCUACGAAUGUGCUUGCUUCCCAGGUUACAUACUGCUGUCUGAUGGAUACAGUUGUGAGCCUGAAAAUCCUGAGGAAGAGGACAACAGAUUGAGAGAGGAAGAUAGGCCUGCUACUCCUGUCCCUACAGUUGCAGCUUCUACCACAGUGAUUCCAGUAGAUUUGUGUGCAGGAAAUGGCCCCUGCAUGCACGUCUGUUCACAGGCUGCAGGAGAGGUGCUUUGUUCCUGCUUCCCAGGUUAUGCCUUAAUGGCAGAUGGACAUUCAUGCGAAGAUGUGAAUGAGUGCCACUCGGGCACUCACAGUUGUUCCCGUGGAGUGUUGUGUGUGAACAGCAAAGGAUCUUUCCAGUGUGUCCGCGUCAAUGAGCCCUGUGAAGAGGGUUUUAUAUACAACGUGAAUAGAGAAUGCGUUGAUAUUAACGAGUGUCUAACUAACACACACAGCUGCCAGGCUAUGGAGAGAUGCAUUAAUACUAUUGGUUCCUUUACAUGUGAGAAGCAAAUCACCUGUUCCCCAGGGUAUCAGCUGAAGGAAGAUACCUGUGAAGACAUUGAUGAAUGUUUGCAGCAGACUCACAACUGUGGCACAGGCUUUGAGUGUCAGAACACAGCAGGGUCCUUCUACUGUAAUCCAAAACAUCGGUGCUUCACCGGCUUUUCACAAGACCAGCAUGGCAAUUGCAUUGACAUUGAUGAGUGCAGCAGUCCAAAUGUGCCCUGCAGUCCUGGAUUCAAUUGCAUCAACACAGUUGGCUCAUACACCUGUCAAAGGAAGAUCAUCGUGUGCAGUAGGGGCUAUCAUGCCAGCCCUGAUGGAGCCAGAUGUAUAGAUGUUGAUGAAUGUCAGACUGGCGUGCAUCGCUGUGGAGAGGGGCAGAUAUGUCACAACCUACCAGGCACUUAUCGCUGUGAUUGUAAGACUGGCUACCAGUAUGACAUGUUCAGGAAGGUAUGCGUUGAUGUGAAUGAGUGUUGGCGCUAUCCUGGACGACUGUGCGCUCAAACGUGUGAAAACACUCCCGGUUCCUAUCAGUGUUCCUGCACCACUGGCUUCACUUUGUCAUCUGAUGGCAAGAACUGUGAAGAUGUCAAUGAAUGUGAAAAAAAUCCUUGCAGUCAAGAAUGUGCCAAUAUAUAUGGUUCAUAUCAGUGCUACUGUCGACAAGGCUUCUAUCUAAAGGAAGAUGGGCAUUCUUGUGAAGACAUCGACGAGUGCUCACAGAGUGUAGGCAAUCUGUGUGCUUUUCAGUGUGUGAAUGUCCCAGGGAGCUACCAAUGUGCCUGUCCUGCGCAUGGAUACACAAUGUCACCCAAUGGGCGAACAUGCAGAGACAUAGAUGAAUGUGCUGUUGGAACUCACAACUGCUCAACAGCAGAGACGUGUUACAACAUUCAGGGUGGGUUCAGGUGUUUGUCAUUCAGCUGCCCCCCGAACUACAGACGUGUAUCUGACACGCGCUGUGAACGUUUAUCUUGCCCAAACUAUGUGGAGUGUCAGAGUUCUCCCCUUAGAAUAACUUAUUACCAUCUAAGCUUCCAAACCAACAUUGUUAUACCAGCUCAGAUUUUUCGCAUCGGACCAUCACCUGCGUAUUCUGGAGACAAUAUCAUCAUCAGCAUCACAAGGGGGAACGAGGAGAAUUACUUUAGCGCCCGAAAACUGAAUUCCUACACAGGAGCAGUGUAUCUGCAGCGACAAGUCAGAGAACCUAAAGACUUCUUGAUAGAUGUGGAAAUGAAACUGUGGCGUCAGGGGAAUUUCACAACAUUCCUGGCCCGGAUUUAUGUGUUUAUCACAGCUCCCUCUCUCUAAAGCUAGCUCGAAAUGUGGAUUUCGUAUGGUGCUAACCUCUGAAGCCGUUUCAUCCUAGAUUAUAUACAUCUGUUACUGUGGAGGCUCUAUUUACUGUAUGCUUCAGACUAUUCCUAAUCGAAUGUCUAUAACUGUGUAUGAAAUAUUACCGAAGGCUUUCAUGUUUUUUUGUUAUGUAGAUGUGUUUUUUGAUGUUUGGGCUACACUGGUGAUAAAAUUAAUGAAACAUGCCAGAGUCUUAACUCCAGAGUCACAACAUAACUCCACCAAGGCAGUUUUACACUGCAAAACUGAGUCAUGUCAUUCAGUGUUUGGCAAAUAUAUCUUAUAUACAAGUCUAAUUUUGUGUUAUAAAUCUUUGCAGUCUGCCCAUUAUACUUUUGUUUUAAAUCAGACUCCUGAAUGUUGGUAUUCAGAAUGUUAGUAUGUUGGUUCACUUAUAUUCAGUUGCGUCAUAUAAUUGAAUGGAUGUAUAAUAUUUCUUAAAGCUUGAUACCAAAUAUUUUUUUUUUAUAGAACUAUAGCAGUUUUAACACAGACAACAUUCACAUGGUAAAUCCAUGUGAGGGAUGAUGCAGCACUGAAAAAUUUCCUGUCUUAACUGGGUCAGACAUAUUAGUGGAUUUCUGUUUUUAAAAUCAGCUCAGGGUAAAAUCAUUAGUAACCACCCAGACCAUAAGGCAUCAUCUCCAUGAAACACCUUCUGCGUGACAAAAUAGUUUCCUACUAUCUUUAUUCAGGAGCACAGAAUAUGCUGUGUUGUCUUCCAUAAUUUAUCAUUUUCAAAUUGAGAAUUUCCACAUGAUCACACUCUUCUCCAGUAGAUUAAGAAUAAUGCAGUUAUGCAGUUCAGGAAUGCAAAGUACAGUAGUUCUAAGAUCUAGUUGUUACAAAAAAUUACUUUAGCCCUUCCUCUGUUACAGAUUAUAAGAAUUUGCUUUCAAUUAUAUUAUUAUUUUGUAUUUCUUGUUUUUGCCAAACACAUGUAAGGAAUAGUGAUUAGUUUUAAAGAAAAAGGAAAAUAUCAUAGUUUUGUGAAUAUACCCCUUAGUUCUACCAACAGAUUAAUGUUUAUCUAAUUAAAAUUUAUUAGAUAGCUGAUUAAUAAAACUUUGUUUCGAGACUAACUUUCUUCUAAAUAUUAUUAUCUGACAUACCGACGGAGUAUUUAUGUUUUCCUUUGUUAUAAAAUAAAAAUGGCUGUAUUUGAAGAUAGAACCUGUCCAUCGUGUUUUAAUGGGCUCCAUCUCAGCGCUCUUAUGGGAAUAACAAAAAACUCCUGCUGGUUUUUCUGCAGUUAUUGGAGAAGCGGAUAACACUAAGAUACUUUUU